UCACAGUUCUGAAGCCUUGGACAUGGUGGAUGAACCAAUCAUUGCGCACGGCUGUUGGCACACUUGGCAUUCUCGCAUAUGUCUCUCAAGCCUUCUUACCCCAGCGCCAAGAGCGGAUAUCUGAUCGACCAGCCUGUUUCUACCAUCGGUCGUCUUUUCCCCAAGUGGCUUUUUUUCCAUCCCAAAACUCAAGCUACUACUCUUCCAGUGUCUCCUUACAAAAAUGGACAGCUCAGGUGCGGGGUCCAAUGUGACCUCGGAGACAAUCGGCGUCACCUUUGGUGGCAGCGCGUGGAAAGUGUGAAAAGUCUCUUGCUGAUCCCUGGGGGUGGUCUUCAGGGAUCUAUGAAUCUGAUAAGGUCGAG